AACGUAGUUUGUGACCUUUAUUUCCAAAGAAUCUGCGUUCAUUUUUAAAUAGAAAAGUGGUGAAAUGGAUUAUUUUCUUUUGCACACGUUGUGUGUAUUCGUCGUGCCUGGUGUUUUCAGUGUUAUUACGGACAGAGUGACAGUAUCAGUGAUGGAGGGAGAUUCAAUUACUCUAUACACUUAUAUUACAACAACACAACAAGAAGAGAUUUUAUGGUAUUUGAAUGACACCCGCAUCGCUGCUAUCACUGGAGAUCUCAGCAGGAUCUGUACAGAUGUUCAGUGUAAUAAUGGCACUGAGAGAUUCAGAGACAGACUGAAUCUAGAGAACCAAACCGGAUCUCUGACCAUCAAAAACAUCAACACUGCAGACACUGGGGUGUAUCAAUUGAAGAUCUUCAGUAGCAGCAGCAUCAGUGAAAAGACCUUCAGUGUUACUGUUCUUGAUGCUCCUGAUGCAGAAUUGGGUAAAAUGAAGACAAUAUCAGUAAUGGAGGGAGAAGCUGUUACUUUAGAUCCUGGUGUAAUAAAAAACCCGAAUGAUGAGAUGACAUGGUAUUUUAAUGAGACUCUCAUCGCUGAAAUCACUGGAGAUCAGAGUAAGAUUUGUACAGAUGAUCAGUGUAGAGAGAGAUUCAGAGACAGACUGAAGCUGGAUCAUCAGACUGGAUCUCUGACCAUCACAAACACCAGAACCACAGACUCUGGACUUUAUAAACUACAGAUCAUCAGCCGCAUCCCUCAGCACAGCGUCAGCAUCACCAGUUUGAAAAUAUUCAUUUUUACUCUCAUUGAUUCAGGUCUGUCUACAGCUGCUGUAGCAGGAAUAUGUGUUGGUGUUGUUCUGUUGUUCGUGGCUGCAGCUGCUGGUGGUGUGAUUUACUAUCGCAAGCGUCCUCAAGCAGGACAAAAUAACACCACAGCACAAUCCAGUGAUCAGUCGGGUCAUUUAAAAGACUCGUCCCCUAAUCUGUCUGACCCUAUGUUGAUGGACGAUGCUAAUGAGACGCCCCCUGAUGGGAAUGAGACUGAGGCUGCCGAUGAGACAUCACUGUAACAUCACUGGUACCAGUCAAUUUUCAGCUCAAACAGCACAGCAGAACUGACUGAAAUUUAUAUAUACAUACAGCAAUAACUGAGGAAACAUGUAAACCAGCAAAACAACAAAGGUCUCUUGAGAUUUUUGGUAUAUGGAGGGAUUAAGCUGCUGAAUUGACCCAGAUCAGAACAAUGGGCAUUUAUUUCUGUUUCCUAUCAUUAAAGGGGUCAUAUGAUGCGAUUUCAAUUUUUCCUUUCUCUUUGGAGUGUU